UCGGUGUGCGGUGUCCGGACACAGCCAGGAUGUUCUCCAAAGUGCUGCUCCUCUCUCUGGUGGCCCUGGUCUUCUCCAGGGUCCAGGCUGAGACACCCUCAUCCGAUGAAGUAGCCACCGAGGUGAGAAAGUAUCUCAGCCUGCUGGGAGCACCGCCCAGGGACACCACUGAGGAGCUGCAGUUUUCAGAGCUCAGCAAGAAGCUCGAAACUCUCUUGAGGGACAAAAUAGAAGAAGCUGGCACCCUGCAGAAGAAACUGGAGCCCCUGGCCUCGGAACUACACUCCAAGCUGAGCCAGCUGGACUCGGUCCAGCUGAAGGAGCAGGUCCUCCGGGAGCUGGGCUCACUGCAGGCCUACUCCGACAAGUUCCACCAGCAGAUCAGCCGCAGCGUGCAAGACCUGCAGGAGAAGCUGGGGCCCUAUGCCUCCGAGCUCCAGUCCCAGGUCAGUGAGACCGCCCCACAGCUGGCGCGGCACCUGGAGCAGCAGCUGCGAGGGAACGUGGACAAGCUACGGGUCUCCCUGACGCCGAUCGCCGACGAGCUGCACACGACCAUCACCCAGAAUGUGGACCAGAUGAAGGACCGCAUGGCCCCCUUAGCUGACCGCCUCAGGCAGGAUGUGGCCAGACUGCAACGGGACCUGACCCCCUAUGCCUAUGAAGCACAGGAGAAGCUAGGCCACCAGUGGGGCACGCUGUCCUCCCAGAUGAAGCAGAAUGCCGACGAGCUGCGGGUCCGGCUGAGCCCCUAUGCGGAGGAGAUGCAGGCCCGGUUGGCCCCCUAUGCCGACAAGAUGCGGGAGAACCUGGAAGGCAACGCCGCGGAGCUGCGGCAGUCCCUGGGCAAGCUGAGUGGCCAUGUGGACCGGCACGUUGAGGAUUUCCGCAGGAACGUGCGGCCAUUGGAGGAGACCCUAAACCAGGCGGUGGUGAAGCAGGUGGCGGGCCUGCGCCAGACACUGGAGCCCUACGCCGGAGAAAUAGAGGAGCACCUCAGCGUCCUGGAGAAGGGUUUCCAAGACCAGUUUGACACCAUCCUUAACUCCGCUAAGCAGCAGACCCAAAGCCAGGGACCCCCGUUCACCGAAGGUGAGGAGUGAAGCCGACACCAUUGGCCACAGCCCAGGGCUUCGACCUCCCCGUCCAUCUGCUGGCCGACAGAGCAGGCUCCCUCUCCUUCUCCUUCCUUAAUUCUCCCUCCAGUGAUCCAGCAUGGUCCAUCCAACAUUUCUGACUCUCCUCUCUCCAGCUUUGAAUCAUCCCCAAUGGCCCAGGCCGGACCAUUCGACACCCCUGACUCUCCCUUCUCCAUCCCUGACUCUCCCUCUAAUGACCCAGCAUGGAUAAUACCCGUCAAUAAAAUCAGAAUUGUCCUUGCUUCUCC